AGUAAAGUACUGCGUAAAUCUGGAAAUGAGUGUUUCCAAAGAAGUAGUCUUAGAGACGGCACUGAAGAAGCUUAACCAAAGAGCCUUUUCUCUUCUUCUUUAAUGGCAGAUCUUGCGUUUUCUUGAUUUGUAUUUCGAGUUUACGGUGUCGUUUUUGAAUUACCUGAGUCGAAUCGUUCCACUUAGUUGAAUAAAGUAGUGAUCGGAGAUGCUGGACGGAAUCUUAGGCCGUGGUUUUGCCUCCAAAUGUAAAUCAUUGAUAAAAGCGAUAAAGAGUCGGAUCGAUGUGAUAAGGAGGAAGAAGCUUGCGACGCUUAAGUUUUUGAAGAAAGAUAUAGCUGAUCUGCUCGCCAAUGGCCAUGAUAUUAUCGCUUAUGACAGGGUGGUAAACCAGGUGGAAGGAUAUGUAGCUGAAUCGAUCCUUUCGUCUUGCUAUGAUUUUGUUGAGAAAUGUUGCGAUUUCGUGUCGAAGCAUGUUUCACUUAUGGAAAAACUGAGUGCUUGCCCUGAAGAUUGUAGGGAGGCCGUCUCAUCUCUAAUGUUUGCAGCUGCAAGAUUCUCCGAUUUGCCACAGUUGCGUGAUCUUAGGCAAAUAUUCCAUGAGAGAUAUGGAAAUUCACUGGAAUUAUUUGUCAAUAAACAGCUUGUCGAGAGUUCAGGUUCAAAUCCUUCCAUAAUGGAGAAAAAAGUCAAGGUAAUGCAUGAUAUAGCAUCAGAGUUUUCCAUAAAAUGGGACUCUGAAGCUUUUGAGCGAAGAAUGUCUCAGCCUACUGUGAUUCCACAGGACCAACCUAAAUGUUAUGGGUCAUUCCAUGUCAAUGGUGAUUAUCAUAAAUCAAAUGAUGGAAGAAGUGCUGAUCCACAACGGGAUAAACUUAAACUUUCAUCCAAAGAAAAGCUUGAAGUGGGUAAGGGUGGGCACAGAUUGAACAACUGCAAGGAGGAUAAUGUCUCAAAAAGGGAUGACAUCAUCAGUCCUCCUAAACUGGAAUUCACUGUUGAGGGAUACGAUCUGCCUCUUGGCAGGGAGGAAGCUCUCGCAAGAAAGGAGAAUCUUGACGUUCCAUUAGUGCAAAAACAAGAAGUGUCUGCAGGUAAGCUUGAAUUUUGGAAUGGGAAGGAUGAUGUUGCCUUGAAAACAGCAAGAUUAAGCAAUUCUUGUCAUGGGAAAAGAAUGGAAAGAGCUGAUGGUGGAACCAAGCUACAAGAUGAUGGGGAGAAUACUGUACCUAGAAUAGAUAACCAAGAUGUUCUACCACAGAGAAAGCCAGAUCUAAAUCCUAGUUAUGCGGCUCCAUGGUCAAAGAAUCAUGAUAAAGACCCGUUCGCUGAUGAUAACUAUGCUGGCCAAUACAGUGUCCAAAAUUCAACAAGAAAAACUCAUGAAGAAGAUGAACCCAAGUGGAAGCCUCCUCCUUAUGUUAAACCCAGUAUUAAACAAAAGGAUCGCAAGCAUGGUGACAAUGCAGGAUCUUCAAUUGCUGGUUUUGACAGCAAUGGAGUCUAUGGUAAUCCUUCAACACAUGACAGGGCCUAUGCAGCUAAUGGGACUGAUAAGUGCCAAGAAGGGUUAUAUCAUCCUGAUAAACAGCGGCAGAUAAUUCUACCUACAAGAGUGAAUGGUCAUGAUUGCCAAAAUGAUUAUUACUAUAACCGUGAUGGAAGUGAUACCCCUAUACCAAGACGAAGAUCAUCUAGGAGGCAACAUUUGAAAUCAGCAUCUGGUCAUAUUGAAGUCAGCAAUGUUGAACAUACAGAAUUUGCAAGGAGAAAACCAAGAAGCAAGAGAAAGGAAGAUUCAAGUCGAGGCCUGCAAAUCUUAUUUGAUGAUGAGCAGCAUAAAAAUAAUGAGGAGGAAAAGAUAAUUGAUAAACUGUUGAUGCAUUACAGCAAGAAGCCAUCAUCCUCUGAAGAGGGAAAGAUAAGAAGAAAGUCUAAAAGUCGUCAUGCACAUCAUAUGGGAAGUGAUGCAAGUGAAGCCCCACAGAAAGCAAGCAGGGAUAAAUAUGAUAAUAUGCCUGAGACCAUUUCCCGUCCACCCCGUUCAAUUUCCCUCCCUCGUGAGCAAACAGCUCAAUCAGAGGGAACUAAAGUGUAUGCUCGUGCUACUUCCUUCCAGCAAGAGAGGUCAAAUGCAGCCCGACAUGUGCAUCCGAAGUUGCCUGACUAUGAUGAGUUGGCAUCUCACUUUGCAGCAAUGAAAGGGAGAUAGAGGGAGCUUUAAGCAUACUAGAUCAUUAUUUUUAAUCUAAUCAGUUUGGUUGCCUCAUUCUUAAACUCUUUGCGUUUGCUUUGCUGAGUUGGUGCUGCUGCCGAAUUUUGGGGAAACCUUGAACUAUACUUUGAUCAGACAGGUGGUGCCCCUGCACUUAGCAUUAUAGUGCUUAGCAGUUUGAGUAUACUUUCUUAUGAGUUUAUAGCACUGGUAUUACUAUUUCUAUGACCCAUGGCCGUAACAAGCAUUUAUACACUUGCUGAUUCACUUUUUAGAUAACAUGAUUGUAAAAGAUGUGUAAUCCAUGCAUCCAAGUUUCUGUAUUAGUGGGUAGCAAGUUGAGACUUGAUAUUGGUUCAAUGUUAUUAAAGUUAGAUAAAUGGCAACGGGUAGGGUACAUGCUAUUUCUGAGAAUAUCCGAAACCCUAUCUAAAAUUUUCAGUAA